GGGAGAUAGGCUUGGGCAAGUCCACCCUCAUGGAUACCCUGUUCAACACCAAGUUUGAGGGGGAGCCGGCCACCCACACACAGCCAGGUGUUCAGCUCCAAUCCAAUACCUAUGACCUCCAGGAGAGCAACGUGGGGCUGAAGCUCACGAUUGUGAGCACCGUGGGCUUUGGGGACCAGAUCAACAAAGAGGACAGCUAUAAGCCUAUAGUGGAAUUCAUAGAUGCUCAGUUUGAGGCCUACCUGCAGGAGGAGCUGAAGAUCCGGAGAGUACUGCACACCUACCAUGACUCCCGAAUCCAUGUCUGCUUGUACUUCAUUGCCCCCACAGGACAUUCGCUUAAGUCUCUGGACCUAGUAACCAUGAACAAGCUGGAUAGCAAGGUGAAUAUCAUCCCCAUCAUUGCCAAGUCAGACGCCAUCUCUAAGAGUGAGCUGACAAAGUUCAAGAUCAAAAUCACCAGUGAACUUGUGAGCAAUGGAGUCCAGAUCUAUCAGUUCCCCACGGAUGACGAGUCCGUGACUGAGAUCAACGGAACCAUGAAUGCCCACCUGCCGUUUGCUGUCGUUGGCAGCACAGAAGAAGUGAAGAUAGGCAACAAGAUGAUGAGGGCGCGGCAGUAUCCUUGGGGGACUGUGCAGGUUGAAAAUGAGGCCCACUGCGACUUUGUGAAGCUGCGGGAGAUGCUGAUUCGGGUCAACAUGGAGGAUCUGCGGGAGCAGACCCACACCCGGCACUAUGAAUUGUACCACCGCUGUAAACUGGAGGAGAUGGGCUUCAAGGACACCGACCCUGACAGCAAACCAUUCAGUUUACAGGAGACAUAUGAGGCAAAGAGAAAUGAGUUCCUAGGGGAGCUCCAGAAAAAAGAAGAGGAGAUGAGACAGAUGUUUGUCCAGAGAGUCAAAGAGAAAGAAGCUGAGCUCAAAGAGGCGGAAAAAGAGCUGCAUGAGAAGUUUGACCGUCUGAAGAAACUGCACCAGGAAGAGAAGAAGAAGCUGGAGGAUAAGAAGAAAUCCCUGGAUGAUGAAGUGAAUGCUUUCAAACAGAGAAAGACAGCAGCUGAGCUGCUCCAGUCUCAGGGUUCUCAGGCUGGGGGCUCGCAGACUCUGAAAAGGGAUAAAGAGAAGAAGAAUAAUCCAUGGCUGUGUACUGAAUAGUAUGCCCUGCUACAGCUGGACUGGACUCCACUUAGCCUUUUAAGAGAAGGUUCUUAUUUUAACUGACAACUUUUUUUAAUGGUGCCAGACAGCUGGGCCCUCC